GGGUGUAGGAAGAGAUUAUUCUUAUUUUGUCUUGUAUGUGUUCGUCGGGUCGCUCUUGAACUGUGUUAGUCAUGGUGUUGGGCGUUAACAGCGCAAAAUAAAGGCGCGUACGCGAGGAAAUCAGCAAGGCACUUGUUAGCCUCCAGCCCGCUUAGCAAGGGGGAGGGGUGGGGGUUACGAGGGGUUUUUUUUUCGCUGCCGAAUUUGUUUGUUUAUGUUAUUCCACACGGAUAUGUCCUCUUCAAACCCAGAGUUACCAGACCCAAAUCUGGGUAUGGGGGCAAGUGGGACCCAAGGAAGUGGAGGGGCUGUUGUACCCAAAGGGACCAGCAAAAGAAGAGCUGCGUCAGACUUUGAUGAUGAUGACGGAAGCAAGUUGUUCAGGUGUGAUGAUGACGGAGGAGGCUCUAACAAUGACAAAGAGCGCUUUGCGAGGGAGAACCACAGUGAGAUUGAGAGGCGGAGGCGGAACAAGAUGACUGCGUACAUCACAGAAUUGUCAGACAUGGUGCCGACGUGCAGUGCACUAGCACGAAAACCUGACAAACUCACCAUCCUACGAAUGGCCGUGUCUCAUAUGAAGUCUCUAAGAGGAAGUGGAAAUGCCAAUGCAGAUGGGUCGUACAAACCUUCCUUUCUUACUGACCAGGAACUGAAGCACCUAAUACUGGAGGCAGCCGACGGAUUCCUGUUCGUUGUGUCAUGUGAGACUGGCCGCAUUGUUUACGUCUCGGACUCCCUGACACCGGUCCUCAACCAGUCCCAGUCUGAAUGGCUCGGUUCCUCUCUGUAUGAUCAGCUUCAUCCAGACGACACAGAGAAGCUCAGGGAGCAGCUCUCCACUGCAGAGAAUAACAACACAGGGAGGAUGUUGGACUUAAAGACAGGAACAGUGAAGAAGGAAGGCCAGCAGUCGUCAGCCAGAAUGAGUAUGGGAGCCCGUCGAUCUUUCAUCUGCAGAAUGAGAUGUGGCACAUGUCCAGUGGAACCGUUGUCAAUGAACAGACUGAAUUUUCUCAGGAACAGAAACAGGAAUGGUUUGGGUACAGCCAAAGAAGGGGAGCCCCAGUACGUAGUGGUGCACUGUACAGGAUACAUCAAGUCCUGGCCCCCUGCAGGAGUGUCAUUAACAGAUGAUGAAGCAGACAACACCCAGGGGAGCCGCUACUGUCUAGUUGCCAUCGGUAGAUUACAGGUUACUUGUUGCCCAGGUGACACAGACAUCAACAGUAUCAGUGUUCCAGUGGAGUUCAUCUCGCGUCACAACUGCCAGGGCAUGUUCACCUUCGUAGACCAUCGCUGCAUGGCCGCUGUCGGCUACCAGCCACAGGAAUUACUGGGGAAGAAUAUUCUGGAGCUUGCCCACCCUGAGGACCAGGGCUUACUGAGAGACAGCUUCCAACAGGUGGUAAAACUGAAGGGCCAGGUCCUGUCAGUGAUGUUUCGAUUUCGCUUCAAAUCAAGAGAAUGGAUCUGGAUGAGAACAAGCUCCUUCACGUUCCAGAACCCAUUUUCAGAGGAGAUUGAGUAUAUCAUCUGCACCAACGUCAAUGUCAAAAACUCAACCCAGGACUCCCUCACUCCCAUCACCUCCCCAGGGGGUUUGCUGCCCCCCUCCCUGGGUCAGAGCAGUCCAAACUGCCCUCCUGUAGUACUCAGCCCCGGGCAGAUGGUCACCAGGCAGUUACAGCAGCAGCAGGCAGAGCUGGAGGGAGGUGGAGCCAGAGACGGUCUGUAUGAGGCUGGACCAAUCACAAUGUCACAGAUGCCUGUGCAGCCGGUAACAGCAGCAGGGCCAGACCACAGCAAGAGCCUUGACAAAUCAGAGCUGUUCCCCGCCCUCUACCAAGGCCCAGAUCAGACCAAGGGCCUGCCUUCCACCCCUAACCCCCCCACCCAGAUCUACCCUCCAGCAAACAACUUCCCUGUAGCCCGUACCAAUGAGCCGUACAGGCAAGUCAACAUGACUCCACAGAUGGCACAGCCGGCCCACUCGGCAGGGCAGAUGCUGGCUCAGAUGUCUCGACAGAAUGGAGCCCCGCACUCUGUUACUACCUCCGGCACUGGCAGCCCCCUCCAUGCAGGACCAGCAGGAGGAUGGCCUGGAGCUGCAGCUGGAGCCAGACAACAGUUUAACAACCAGCAAGUUGCUCCCCAGGCAGCAAAGACCAUGUCCCCACAGUUUACUCCCAUGGGAGGAUUUGCAGGUGGCUCGUCCAACACUUUUAGUCAAAUGCCUACAGGUGCAGCACCCACCCCAACCAGUGGGGCAAACUACCAGCCAAUGAAUAGCCGUGCCAACCUCAACAGCAAUGGUUAUGAUGGCUCUCAGUCGGCGGCUCAGUUCCCUUCUCGGGCAGCUGAGGCAGUGUGGCCGCAGUGGCAGGGCCAGCAGCACUCGCAGAAUAAUGCAGAGCAGCAUCCGCACGCUCAGGGCAACCAGCAAGACAUGUUUCCUGAUGUGUUGUCUAUGCUGGACCAGCCUGCCAACUUCAACAGCGAUGACUUUGAGAUUCCAAUCUACCCUCCGUUUAAUGAGUGAUGUGAUCGAUACUGCCCCGCUAGUCUGUUUGACUUUUUUUACCCUCAGUCUCUCUUAUAUUUAGCUCUUCAGCUCCUCUUUUCUUCCUGCUCCUGAGAGUGGCACUCUUCCCUUGCUUUGCAUGGUUUACAUUGCACUGCCACAAGCCAGUUAAGAUUGAGCAAGAUACCUGACUGCAGAUAUUUGGCGGGGGGGAAUCUAGGAUUUGCUACUGACUAAAAGAUUAUUUUAACAAUUUUGUAGCCAUGGUAAGAGAAUUCUUUAGCUAGCACUGCCCAAAGCUCAACAGCCUUUGUUGUAGAUACGUGUAA